UCUACCUUGAAGUGGGCUUGAGGAGCCAUGGCGGCUUAUAGGAGCGACGUUGCUAGAAGAAUCAGCGCGUACGAAUUUGCGUGUAGAGCAUGUGAUGUCGUCUUCGCUGAUGCAUUUUACAUGCAAACUGUGCCACGGCCACGGAUGCGCGACAGAUUGAACCCGAUGGAGGUGUACGACGACGAGGAGUUUAUCACGCGCUAUCGCUUCACGAAGCAAACAGUUCGCGAGCUGCUCGCCUUUGUGCCACUUGAAGCGAGCGGCGACAACUGAGGAUUGCCGCUGACACCCAUGCAGCAGCUGCUUGUGGCACUGAGAUUUUACGGCGCCGGAACCUUUCAAAUUGUGAGCGGCGACUUGGUCAGUGUGUCCCAGCCCACGGUGUGCCGCACGGUGAAACGAGUGACGCGCCUUCUUGCAAGGCACCUGUUCCGAGCAGUCGUCCGCUUCCCGGAUGCCUCACAGCUGUCAGGUGUGAUGCGAGAUUUCUACGAGAUCGCCCACUUCCCCCGGGUGACGGGCUGCAUCGACGGCACACAUGUGCGCAUAAAAAGUCCCGGAGGCGAUGACGCAGAAGUUUACCGCAACCGCAAAGGAGUGUUUUCUAUUAACGUUCAGGCGGUUGCCGGACCAAUGCUGCAAUUCUUCAACGUUGUAGCGAGCUGGCCGGGGUCUGCCCAUGACAGUCGCAUAUUCGACAAUUCUAGAGUACGAGUGCUGUACGAACAGCACCGUGUGCCUGGUCUGCUGCUUGGGGACAUGGGCUAUACCUGCUCUCCUUUCUUGAUGACCCCCCUUGCUGAGCCAGGUCCAGUCAACUCACCAGAAGGCAGGUACAACAAGGCACAUAUCAAGACCCGCAACUCCAUAGAAAGGGCCUUUGGAGUGUGGAAAAGGCGCUUUCCAUGUUUGGACAUGAAGCUGCAGCACAAGCCUCGUAAUGCAGCUCGCAUAAUAACGGCUUGCGCUGCCCUGCACAACGUGGCCCUCCUACGAAGAGAACCCGAGCCACUCGGUCUCCAUGUUCCCACCAGCCGAUGCAGACGUACAGGAACAAAUACUUGCCAAGAGCACCUGCCAAGUGUUAAUGGUGUGGGGGACAAUCUACCUGGCAUGCGUGCACGGCAGCUUCUUACACAGAGAAGUUUCUCUUAAAAUUGUUGUUUGAAAUCCACCUCAGUGUUUCUGAAUAA